AUGGCCCCUCCCACCAUAGCCUCCCUCUCCACGGCCAAAAAACUCGCCUUCAUCGUGCCCUCUACAAACACCGCCGUAGAAACCCUCACAAUCUCCCUCCUCCACUCCCUCCAAGCCAACAUAAUCCCCCUCUUCACCCGCACCCGCGUCCUGACCCUGGGCACCGACUCCUCCUCCACCGCCCAAUUCACCCCCGCAGCCUUCACAGCCGCGGCCCAACUCCUCGCCGACGCUGCCCCAGACGCCAUAAUCUGGAACGGCACCUCGGGAAUGUUCGUCGGCGGGGAUGUAGCUGCUGAUAAGGCUCUGGCGAAGACCCUGACGGACGCGUGCAAUGGAAUUUCUUGCUCGACAAACACCCUCGCGACCAUCGCCGCGCUGGAAUACUUCUCCAUCAGAGACAUCUCCAUCGCAGUCCCGUACACCCCAGACGUAACCCAACGCGUGAGCGAUUUCUUCACCCGCGAGGGCUAUCGCGUGCAUAAAGCUUUGCGGCUGGAAGAGACGCCGCCGACGAACGAUGCGAUUGGGAAGUGUUCGGCUGCGGCGAUUAAGGAUCUUGUGAGGAGGGCUGUGACUCCCGAGACGAAGGCUGUGCUGGUCGCUUGUACGAAUUUCCCGGCGACGCUGUUGGUGGGGGAGUUGGAGAGGGAGUUGGGGGUGGUGGUGUUGGAUAGUAUUGCUGUGUCGGCUUGGUAUGGGUUGAAAUUGCUGGGGGUCAAGGGGACGAAGGAGAAGAUGGAGGGGUGGGGGAGGUUACUUUGUUCGUUGUAA